CGAGAAAUUUUCAUUUUUCACAAUGGUAUUUUCUCUGUCCACCGUGACGGUGCUGGUUCCAAUUAUCUCUCUGUGUGGACUCUUUUACUCGGCGAGUGUCGAUGAGAACUUCCCACAGGGAUGCACCAACACCAGCAGUUUGUGUUUCUAUAGUCUCUUGCUCCCAGUAACCAUACCAGUGUACGUGUUCUUUCAUCUCUGGAAGUGGAUGGGAAUCAAGCUUUUCAAACAUAAUUAAAUGCCUUGCUGUACGUGCCUUAGACGUUGUUUCAAAAGUAAUUAAAGACAGAAAAUAAUUCGAGUUUUAGGCAUGUAGAUUUUUUUAAACAUGGUUUACCAGUGUAUAUGAUCAUUCAGUUUUACUAUUUGACAUCAAGUACACCACAAGAACAAUAAAAAAUUCUGUCCACAAAAA